UCGGACUGUGCAUUAACAGCAGUUAUAAGUGCACAUGAUGCAUUAAUGAAUGCAUUCUCAUAAAUAUGAUAUAUGUGUUUCAUUCAGUAGCAAACAUGACCUGAAUCGUUUUAUGAGCGAUUCGUUUGAAUAACUUCACGGUACCAGCUUUGGUGGGGCGAUGCGUAGCUGGAGGUGGUAUCUCUCCAGGGUCAUGCGUCUUUUCCUGCGCUGGUUCAGACUCUGCCCCCAACGAGGACGCAGAAAGCGGCAAAGCAGAGUGCGAGACCUGUGGAAUUAUUGGAAAGUGAUAAUGAAGUCUCUCUACUUCAACGUCUUGAACAAUUCAGACACUGUGCUAGACUGCGCCUUUGAGCCCAUCUACUGGCUGGUGGACAACCUGACUCGAUGGUUUGGAGUGGUGUUUGUAUCUCUGGUGAUCGCCUUGACCAGCUCCGUUGUGAUCAUUGUCUAUCUGUGCGUGCUUCCCAUCAUCUUCAGCACAUACCCCUUUCACUGGAUACUAUGGCACCUGUGUUACGGCCACUGGAAUCUCCUCAUGGUGGUCUUCUUUUACUACAAAGCCACCACCACGCAUCCAGGUUUCCCACCACAGGAAAAGAGUGAUAUACCUACUGUUACCAUCUGCAAAAAAUGUAUAGUUCCCAAACCAGCUAGAACACAUCAUUGCAGCAUCUGCAACAGGUGUAUUUUGAAAAUGGACCACCACUGUCCUUGGUUGAAUAAUUGUGUGGGUCAUUUCAACCACCGGUACUUCUUCAGUUUCUGCCUGUACAUGAGCAUGGGCUGCAUCUACUGCAGCAUUAGUGUCAAAGACAUGUUCCUGGAUGCUUAUAAUGCCAUUGAGUCAGGUAGGUACAUGGGCGUGCAUGCACAGGGGGAGGUGAUCACAGAUGUGGGGCUGAUCUACAGCCUGUUGCCCCCCGGAGAUACCCCUGGGCAGAGCUAUUUUCAGACCCCUCCACCCACCUUCACUCAUCAGGAGAGGAUGGUGCAUAAGAGCCUCAUUUAUUUGUGGGUGCUGACAAGCUCAGUGGCUGUAGCUCUGGGUGGACUGACAUUGUGGCAUGCACUGCUGAUUACCAGAGGCGAGACCAGUGUGGAGCGACAUAUUAACCACAAAGAGAGAAAACGACUCAAACUGAAGGGCAAACUUUUCCGUAAUCCCUACCACCAUGGAAAACUUAACAACUGGAAAGUGUUUUUGGGUGUCCAGAAGCAGAGUCACUGGCUAACGAGAGUGCUGCUGCCCUCCAGUCAUGCUCCUCACGGGGACGGCCUGACGUGGGACAGUCCAGCAUACAGAAACAACACCAUGGCUAUUUGAUGUCACAGACAUAUCCUUACCACAUAUUCCUUCAUUAGCCCUGGAACUGAUGGUGGAGCAUUUUCAGUCAUGUUUUUUUAUCAUCGACUCUUAUGGGAGGAGUUAAAUCUUCACUACCAAAACCCCAGUCCUUUUAAAAAUGAACUAUUGGUGCCAUUUAGGCAUCUUAAGUGUUUUUUAAUGGUUGUAUACUGAAAUUGUGUGUCUGUCUGUGGUACAGAUGUGUCCGAGUAUGUGCCGAGUUCAAAGUAGUACUUGGUGCCAAAGACUUAUUGUGAAUGGAUCUUAGUGAUAUCUGUGAAAGUAAUAUUUAUAUUUUUAUCAAAGGUUUGGUACCAAAUGGAAAUCGUUGUGUUCUUUAUAAAACUAGUAUUUGUCUGAUUUUGUUAAAACUUUAACACUAUUUUUGAACGUUUGAUGAUUUUAAAUGUAAAACUACAGAAGUUCUUUCUAUCUAAAAUCCCAGUUUCAAUGUGGUCUCACAUUUGACCCUAAUGUAUAUUGUGGCUGUGGCUCAGGUGGUGGUAGAGCGGAUUGGCUGCCAAUCACAGGGUUUGAGGUUCAAUUCCUGGCCCACAUGACUCCACAUGCUGAACUGUCCUUGGGCAAGACACUGAACCCCAAGUUGCUCCCAAUGGCAGGCUAGCGCCUUGCAUGGCAGCUCUGCCACCAUUGGUGUGUGACUGUGUGUGAAUGGGUGAUUGAGAGACAGUGUAAAGCGCUUUGGUAACCUCUAAGGCUAAAAAAAGCGCUAUAUGAAUGCAGACCAUUUACCAUUUAAUGUAUAUGCAAGCAAAAAUGUGGGUUGGCGGUUCGAUUCCUGGCCCACAUGACUGCACAUGCUGAACUGUCCUUGGGCAAGACACUGAACCCCAAGUUGCUCCCAAUGGCAGGCUAGAACCUUGCAUGGCAGCUCUGCCGUCAUUGGUGUAUGAAUGUGAGUCACAGUGUAAAACGCUUUGGAACCGCUAAGGUUAAAAAAAGAACUUGAUAUAAGUGCAGACCAUUUACCAUAUCAGUAAACACAUUUAACAACACAAAAUAUGUUAGCAAUUUUAGUUUUAAGGUUUCUUAUUGGUAUUACAUACCAACACGUCACA